AGGCUCUCCAUGGCUCCUUCAACUCUCUUCGCCACGGACUACCAGGCCCGCGGGCUCUCUGCUCGUGGAAUGGCUCGGUCAAAGUCGCUGAUCGUUACCAGCUCGAUCCCAGCACAGACUACCCGCCUGCCGCUGCUUGUCAAACCCCACAAGGUCCUCCAGUCCGCUCGCUCCUUCGACCAGAUUCGCCUGGGCGGAAACCUCUGA